ACUUAUAACAUCCUUCUUCCCUACCAUCCUCACUCAAUUCCCCCAUUCACUCUUUAAUCCCAUAAUCCCAUAUUCAAAUAUUCAAAAAAUCUAAUUAAAUGGAAAAAAUACAACCCCUAAUAAUGUCCUUGAAAAUCAUAUUAAUGUCAAUUGGGGCAAUCUCAUUUGCCAUCCUCUUAUCCGUUAGAAUUCCUAACACUGUCGUCGUCUCCGACCUCACGACGUCGUUUUCCGCCCUCCGAUCAUGGCUUCAACCACCAUAUCUUUAUUUCAUCAUCAACGCCAUCAUCAUCACCAUUGUCGCUUCGUCUCGCUUCCACCACAACCACCAUGCGCCACCGAGUAAAGACACGUCAUCACCUCAUCUACCACUGCAGCUCCAUCAUCAGCAUGACGUCAUAUCUGUUCGUGCUGAUCAGUUCUCACCAUACGGUAUCGUUUCACAUGUGGCGGAAGCUGUUGGAGGUAUUAGGGGGUUUGAGUAUAACGAUGUCGUUUCUGUUAAGGAUGUGAUUGAAGAGGAGGAAGUUGUUGUUAAGAAGAUUAAUGAUGAAUCUAUGGUUGCGGAAAAGUCCACGUGGACUCCUCCGCCGCAGUCUAAGCCGUUGAUUAGACAGGAAGCUUUUGAGAAAGUUUCGCCGGAGUUUUUAUCGGCUAAGCCACCGGCUACUUCGAGGUUUGGUCAUCAUCAUCGCCGUCCUGCUAAAGCUAAUACUCAAAUUGAAGGUGGAUCAAAAGCAUUGAAGGUACUAAAGCCAAAGAAACAAGAUACAUUGGAGAGUACUUGGAAAGCCAUAACAGAAGGACGCCACAUACCUUUGAAUAGACAUCUGAAGAAGUCUGAUACGUGGGAGCAUCAAGACCGUCAGAUUGACUUGCUAAAUGAUCCAUCUCCUUUUCCAACGGUGGUGAAAAAAUCUGAAACGUUCCAUGAACAACGAACCAAUUAUGUUUCACCACCUGUCACGUCAACGAAGUUAAAGAAAGAGCCAUCACUGAGUCAAGAUGAGUUGAACCGCCGAGUUGAAGCGUUCAUCCACAAAUUCAACGAGGACAUGAGAUUGCAAAGGCAACAAUCCAUGCAACAAUUUAUGGAGAUGAUUAAUCGUGCGGUUUGAUUUAUAAAUUAAUGUAAAAUAAAUAUAUAUAUGGGAGUGGUUUAAUGUUAUGUACAUUAAUAUUAAUCUUCUAAGAUAUGUAUUUUUGCUUAAUUGUCAUUAAUUUUGUUAGUUUAAUCAACUACAUACUCGAGAUUAGAAAAAUAGGAGAAAAUAGUUUUUUUUUAAUAAUUUGUUUUUGCAUGAAAAAAAAAAAGACUAGCUAGCAUUUCUUUCAUGUUGUAACUAAUAAUAAUAAUGUUGUUUUUUUUUAUUCUGUAAUUCAAAAAAAAAAUAAUAUUAACAUAAAACAUAUAUUUUUCUUUUGUAAA